AGGUGGCUAAAGACGCGGCGAAUAGGUGGAUAAUCAGCGACCUCAUCAGGCUAUGUGUCUUUUCCUGGCUAGGCAUUCGGCACACCUGUUGCGAUCUAUGGUGGUUCAUGGACUCUCUCUACCAAACGACCGAGCCUGACCUUCAGCGUGCGCCUCCUCCGCGAUACCCCCCAGACAAGUUGCGCCGCAUCCAAGAAGAAGACGCCUAUCUCGUACGUCUGCUAGAAGACUUGGUACCUCUCCUUGACGCACAGUACGACUCGCACGACGGCGAUCUAUUAUCUUUUGUCGACGACGUACUAGUACCGGAGGUCAACAUUGUACUGGAUCGACUGAAGCAAGAGGACGAGGCUGCACAUGCUGCGGGUAGGCGAGAGAUGGGUGUUGUCAUGGUUGAUGAAGGUGAGGACGGUUUGAUCGAAGAAGACGAAAGCGAAUCGCUUGAUGAGGUCGAGAGCGAUGCUGUGGACGAGUAA